CUCGAACAAUCCGCAAUGGCGAAGAUCCUCUUGUUAUUGUCCCUAACUUUUGCUAUCGUAGCUGCAGAAGCCUCUACGCAACCACUAUCCCCUGCCACCAAAAAGUCCAUUGACGACUUGACCUUGUUGUUCCAAGAGGUUAUCGAUUCCAUCAACACCGCCACCCCGCCGGCCAAGAAGCCAGAAGCCACACGUGCCUCUUCGAAGCACAUCCACACUGCAGAAUUAGAUGUCGCCAAGGCCGCCAAGGCAGGAGACGAGAAGAAACUCGCCCACCUCAUCCUUUCCUACCGUAUGGCUUCUACUAUGGUCAUCCAUGCGCCGCCGGCCGAGAAGCUCAAGGUAAUGGAGGACACCUUCAACUCGGCAGCUGCACCAAACGCAUUAGAGUGCCCCAACAUCGACAAGGCCUACUGCGAGACGCGCUCCAAGUUGAACACGGCCAUCCUUGGGGUCGUCGCAGCCGCCUCACCAGAGCAGAAGAAGCUGGGGGACAAAGAUUCUACUUUACCGAAAUCAAUGCAUACCGCUAUCUCAACUAUCAACAAGGCGUAUGCGGAUGGAGACGACAAGGAAAUCGCUCGAGUCCUUGCUGCCUACAACAAGGCAGCCGAUUCGGUCAUUGCAGCCCCUCCUUCUGAUAAGCUUAAAGUGAUGAAGUCAACUUUCAAACAUGCAGCGGCCAGCGGCGCAUGAUUAAUAAUGUACUGUACCGUCGUUCAUCUGUUCCAUUGUCACCAUCACUCUGAAGGUGACAGCAUGCACAACAUAUAUCUAUGAUCGCCCAUUUACUCAAUUAAUAAUAUUUACUACCACGCAUCAUAUCGUUCCUUUCCUCUAAA